CUUCCAGAUCCUCCAUACAUUGUCAAGCUCAUCCACAAUCACGAUCCAGCUUCCGACCCUCACCCCUCCCUAUUAAUCCUCACACCCGCCGCGAAACCUCACCAGCCUCACAGCAACGAUGGGCGGAGGCGGCAAAGUCGCGUACCCGAAGCACGUCUGGUCCCCCGCCGGCGGUUGGUACGCACAACCUCACAACUGGCGAACCAAUACGCUGGUGAUGGGCGUGGUGAUUGCCGCGUGCGCGGGGCUUGCCUGGAGAGUCUCGGCACAGCGGGAGGUUAGGACCAAGAUGCCCGAGAAGGACGUAUUUUUCCCGAGCCGGUAUUGGAGCAGACAGAUAAUCGAGCACGAAAAGGCGCAGAAGGGCCAAUAGGCCAUUGCCGCCUACCUCCCCCAAUCCACCCCCCUGCCGGACCAAAACGAACCUCGACGAAAUUAAACCAUUAUUUUACCUCGAAGAAUAACUCCGUUGUACAUACUUCCACAACACUUGGGCAAGGCGCGGAUUUGGCUGGAUGAUCACGACUAUGCGAAAGCCAGUGGAGAGCAAGGAGGACUGUGAAAGAGGAAGCCACCCCUGGGGACUCCAUUACAGAGAGUGUGAGCAUCGGGAAGCAGGAGGCAACGACUCUACAACUGUACAUAUAUCGACACGGGCAAUAGGCGAGAUGCCCUGCCUCGCUCGAUCAAUCAAUCUUGCAGAAAACGGCUAGUUCAAGGUCUUGACUGACAAAGCACUGAUGCACACGAGACUUCAGAAACGGGCCGCGUGAAAAUUUGCACUGUCGAGGUCUAGCCGCAUGAGCCUGAGAGUUGAACAGCUAUAUGGGCCCUCUCUCUUCGUAUGUACUUGCGAAACCGCUCCGGAUAUG